UAAUGUUCUAAAUAUUUUGUCAAAUAUCAUUAUAUCAAUAUACAACAAUUUACAAUUUUUGUGUAUUUAUCUUCUUUAACUGAAUUACUGAACAAUGGCCGAAUACCCAACAAGGCAUUGUGGUCCUUGUCCCAAUUUAGCUCAGUUUGUGUCGCGAGAAGAAGCUGCCCGUUACGAGCAGAAGACAGUUCCAAAUAUUGAAUUUCAUGAGUUCCAAAGAUCGGAUGAGCCAGGUUUGGGAGUAAAUACAUCGAAUCUUAAACCAGAUUUAACGGUACCUCCAGUUAAAGAAGUACACUUUGAAAAUAAGGAUCAGAGAGUAGGUAAUGGAUAUGUGGGAGGUAUUCCUGAAUGUGAAAGAUCGAAACAAGAAGCCUGUCACUGUUGUACUGAUAAAAAUGGUACUGAGAAAAAGGAAACUUUAAAAGGCAUCCUCAAGAAAGAUUCAGGUCCUAAAACAGUCGAGGAAAUGUAUGCAGAUGCAGCAAAAGCUCAAGAACAACAGCCUUUUGUUAGCCAUCCAACACAACGUUCUGCUCAGAUUGAAGACAAAUCUAAUCCUGCAUGUUAUUUACCUCAACCAAACGAUGCUCUACCUCAUAUUCUGGCUACAGAAAUGGGACCUAUAGGGCCGUGGGCUACUGGUAGAGUUGAUUGGGGUCCUCUAUCUGGAUUGACAGGUACAAGACCCGUCGUAGACAAGUAUUCAAUAGCUAGAUACAGUGAAAUUGAUUGGAGACUCGAAAAUAAAAAAAUAUUAGAUCUAGCUACAACGGAGCAGCAUAGAGCCAACUUAAUUGACUGGAAUGGUCAACAAUGUCUCGCUCAAACAUUAACAGAUGCAGACAAAAAUCAAGCAGACAAUACAAAAAAGUUAAACCAACGGGAACUGGAGCUCCAUCGAUGGAAGUGCGAACUGGAAAAAGCUAUUGCAGCAGCAUCUGAGGAAAUUACUUUUAUGGAAGAGCAAAGACAUAGACUAAAGCAAGCUAGUAAAGUACUUACUCUUCCCGAGUCUAUCGCUGGUGAGGCGCUGGAGAGAAGAACCGGUAGAAUCGAUGGGGAAUUGGUUCGGGACGAAGUUGAAGAAGAACUUAUUAAGGAAGUAGCUCUAUGCGCAGAAAUUAGAGAUAUAUUUUCUAGAACCCUAAAAGAUGUGGAAAAACAACUGUUGGAAAACAAAACCGCGAAACAAAGGCUGGAAUACGAUUGGAGCGAUAAAAAAGUUUCCCAUGAAAUAGAUUCUAUUAAUAUGGCUUUAAAUAACCAAUCUACGGUAUUGAUGUUUAAGCCUGGAGCUGUUCGUUUUCCAGAUGAACAAUCUACUCCGGAUUAUUGGGAACAUUUUACACGCGAAACUCUUUUAGAAGGAGAAGCUACCAGGCAAAGAUCGGUAACUCUACGGGGAACACUAGAUAAUAUUCUAAACAAUGCCGCAAGGGAUUUAAGAGCACAGGCUGACAAAGUAGAGGCUGCUUUGGAGAAAAGAAUUGCUUGUACACAAAAAGUAACAAAACAUUUGGAAGACGAACUUAGAGGAGUGUUACAAAGACUCGCUGAUAUAGAGAGACUUAAGGAUUCACUAAGAGAAGCCAUUCGAAGACUAGACACUCCAAUGAAGAAAGCUCAAACUCGUCUGGAUAAUCGUCUGCUUCGACCAAGAGUUGAAAAUUGCAGAGAUAAUGUUCAUUUCGGAUUGAUAGAAGAAGUUAAGACGAUUGGUGAAUCGGUGGCUGCUUUAUCGGCUCAAAUGAAACAAGCUGAAGAAUCCCAAGGACGAUUGAUGCAAGUGAGAAGUGACCUAGAAAGAGAAAUAAUGUUAAAAAUGAAAACGUUAGAAAUAGAUCAUGGACGAACAAGAAGGAUACGGUCUUAUUUUCCAUCUGCAGCAGCUCUUAGCGGAUAUUAAUUUGAUUUUUGUAUUGUUUUAUAUUUAUAUUAAUAAAUUUACUGUUUUUGAAU